AUGAAUUGGAGAACGGAAGUCUCGGCACCCAUCCUAAUACCUGAAAUCGCGUCCCAGAUCGUCGAAGCUUCGUGCUCCUACACCGGCGAUGGCGUCUGGAAGUUGGAUCCCAGCUGCACCAAGUACCUGGCGCAACUCGCACUAACGUGUACCUGGUUCAACGACAUCGUGAACCCCGUCCUUUGGCGCUCCCUGAGAGACAUCGGGCCCCUCAUAAACCUCCUUCCAGAGGACGCCGUCGUAGUCAAAGAGGUUGGGCCGUUCUGCAGGUUCCAGCUGGUGCUGAUGCGACCUCUGACGCACGAAGACGUCAAGCGGUUCAACCAUUACGCUUCCUUCAUCAAAGAAAUCACCAACCUCUCGCGCAGGGAACUCCGUAUCCACCGCAUACGCCGGCACAACGCGGGGAAAGACGUACACAGGCUGCUGGAGGCUAUCCACAGCGCCAACCCCCACACCCCCAUUUUUCCAAACCUUCGAUACGUAUCGGGCGCGGCGGAUUUCUUUUACGGCUUUGAUUACAGGACGGGGGUGUACACCACUCGUCCACCGGCGGAGGAGAUAUGCAACGUGCCAUUGAUAGAAUCUCUUCGACUUUCCUUCGCGGCUGCGGAAAUUGAAGCGUGUUGCGAGAGUAUCGGGUGGCUCGCCGAUGGCGCGAGUCGUGUACGGUCGUUGGAAGUUUCGUUUAGGGAACCGGAUGCUAUCGGUUUGGUGGACGGCCAUUCUAUCCAGGUUUACGGAGAUUUUGUUUCCAGGUUUGGGAACCUUACGAGAUUUACGGCUGGGCGUGUUUCGUUGCCUCUGGAAACGCUGUUUCAUCUUGCUACUCUUCCUGAUCUUCGACACCUUGAUAUGUACCUUUCGACUGAGUGGGAGGGGGAGGAGACAAGGGAGAGGGUUCGGGAGUUCCUCGAGGGAGGACGUGAUGAACCGCCUUUUGCGGCUCUCCGGACUGUUAAAUUGGAGACUCUGCAUCUCGGUCCCUGCACGGACGCCUUCCUCCCGCUCAUCUCCCACUCCCCCCUCCAAUCCUUCACUCUAACAAUCCUCUACGGUUCACCCACCCCACCCCUCCACCUCGACCCUCUCUUCUCCUCCCUCUCCUCCCUCCAAUCCACCGGCCCUCUCCUCCACACCCUCCAAGAACUCGUCAUCGAAGGAGGUGGACACUACUUCCACGAUGUUUCAACUUCGUGGGAGAGGGAGGGGUUGUAUUUUGAGUUAGGACCGAAUUCGUUGGAGGGGGUGUAUGGUUUUAGAGGGAUGGAGAGGUUGAGGGUUUGGCCGUCUGUUGGUGUUGGGGGGUUUAGGAGGGAGGAGUUGGUUGGGAGGUGGGGGAGGAUGGAGGGGGUGCCGGAGGUUGCGGAGGGGGAGGUUGCGGUUAGUGUUUGA